AUGUCGCCGGAAGAGGAGCGCCAGGCCGCCCUGAGCUCGUACCGGGCCAAGCUCAUCGAGUCCCGCGAGUGGGAGGCCAAGCUCAAGAACCUGCGGUUAGAGAUCAAAGGCCUCCAGAAGGACUUCGACCGCACAGAAGAGAAUAUCAAGGCGCUGCAGAGCGUUGGACAAAUCAUCGGCGAGGUGCUGAAGCAGCUCGAUGAGGAGAGAUUCAUUGUCAAGGCGUCUUCGGGCCCUCGAUACGUGGUCGGCUGCCGGUCAAAGGUCGACAAGGCAAAGAUGAAGCAGGGCACCCGUGUAGCGCUCGACAUGACGACCCUCACAAUUAUGCGCAUGCUGCCGCGCGAAGUUGACCCUCUUGUAUACAACAUGUCUCUGGAAGAUCCCGGUCAGGUCAGCUUUGCCGGUAUUGGCGGCCUGAAUGAUCAGAUUCGCGAGCUGAGAGAAGUCAUCGAGCUCCCCCUCAAGAACCCAGAGCUCUUCCUGCGUGUUGGCAUCAAGCCGCCCAAGGGUGUGCUGCUCUACGGCCCGCCUGGAACGGGCAAGACGCUGCUGGCGCGAGCCGUUGCUUGUAGCCUGGAAACCAACUUUUUGAAGGUGGUCUCCUCUGCCAUUGUAGACAAGUAUAUCGGUGAAUCUGCGCGACUGAUCCGUGAAAUGUUUGGCUAUGCCAAGGAGCAUGAGCCUUGCAUCAUCUUCAUGGACGAAAUCGAUGCCAUUGGUGGACGACGAUUCUCAGAAGGUACUAGUGCGGACAGAGAGAUUCAAAGAACACUGAUGGAGCUGCUCAACCAGCUGGAUGGUUUCGACUACCUGGGAAAGACCAAGAUUAUCAUGGCCACCAACAGACCCGACACUCUGGACCCGGCGCUGCUUCGUGCCGGCCGCCUGGAUCGCAAGAUUGAGAUUCCGCUGCCCAACGAGGUUGGUCGACUAGAGAUUCUCAAGAUUCACGCGGCCGGUGUCGUUGUCGAUGGCGACAUUGACUUUGAGAGCGUGGUCAAGAUGAGCGAUGGCCUGAACGGCGCUGAUUUGAGAAACGUGGUUACAGAGGCUGGUCUCUUUGCCAUCAAGGAUUACCGCGAGUCGAUUAACCAAGACGAUUUCAACAAGGCGGUGCGCAAGCUGGCCGAGGCGAAGAAACUGGAGGGCAAGCUGGACUACCAGAAGCUGUAA